AUGAAGGUGAAGAUAGGUGAGGUGUGGAGUGGCGAAGAAGAUGAUGUUGUUGGUGAUGGAAGAGCCGAGAAGAAAGGGCGUUGGCUGCUGCUUGUGCGUAUGAAGGUGGAAGGGAAAAGCUACGAAAUUUCUACAUACAAAGUCAAUAGUGAAUGGUACGGCUGUUCCUUUGACAUCGUGAAACCUUCAUAUGAUGAUCCAAUCUUCGAGACCGAAAUGAAGAAUCUGAGAGAUGUCAUACAUUUAUCCAAAAUCAAAACUGAGCUUGAGAAGCUUUAUAAAAAUGACCCUCAUUGCAGUACCAGUGGCACGAAACAUGUUCCUCCACCAGCUGAUACACGAGAUGUGCAAGUCUCUAAGGAGAAUGAUUCUGAAAUAGAGAUUGUCGGGACUGGUACGAAUGAGAAAGAUAAUGAAGACAAAGAUACUGAGGAAAAUGAUGAGGAAGAAGAAAUUGAUGAGCCACAUGAGAAAAAUGAUGGUGAUUACAAGAAAGAUGAUGAUGAAGAAGACAGAGAUGAUGAUGAAGACGAUGAGACUGAUGAAAUGAGUGAAGGAGAUGAUGAUGGUGAUAAUGAUAAUGAUAAUGAUAAGGGUGAUGACAACGAUGAAGAUGGCGAUCAUAAUGACCUGAAUGAAGAGGCUGGUACAAAUACUAAUGCCAGUUCCAGCGAUGAUGGUAGUAAUGAUGAUGAACCUCCUGUUAUCGGGCAAACUAGGAUGAUUCCUGUGACACCUCGUAAAUCCAACCACUAA